UUAAAAAAAAAAAAGCAAGAAAGCUCAGCUCAUAAAGGAAGAGAUAUUAGACUCUAUAAGAAAACGAGGCUCUCCUAGUAAUUGAGAGAGAGAGAGUGAGAGAAAAGCAAUGCAUUUCGAAGCUUCGAUGCUCAGAUUUCUUCUGCUAUGGCUGCUCGUUUUCUGCACCGCUUUCUCUUCGUCUUCAGCUCGACCUCCACCAUUUGCCAUGCGGAUAAGCUGUGGAGCUCGUGAUAAUGUUCAUACACCGCCAACCAAUACACUCUGGUAUAAGGAUUUUGCAUAUACAGGAGGGAUACCUGCUAAUGCAUCACGUACAAGCUUCAUCACUCCUCCUCUUGAAACACUGCGCUACUUUCCCCUAUCUGGAGGUCCUGAAAAUUGCUACAACCUUAAUAAUGUGCCAAAGGGACACUAUUUAGUCAGGAUGUUCUUUGGAUUGGUUAACCAAACCAAUUUUGACAGCGAACCUCUAUUCGAUAUUUCUGUCGAAGGAACUCAGAUUUGUUCUUUGCAGUCAGGUUGGAGCAACCGGGAUGACGAAGCAUUUGCUGAAGCCAUUGUGUUUCUUUUAGAUGGCACUGCCUCUCUCUGCUUCCAUAGCACUGGUCAUGGAGACCCAACAAUUCUUUCAAUUGAAAUUCUUCAAGUUGAUGAUAAUGCAUACUAUUUUGGUCCACAGUGGGGUCAUGGAAUAGUGCUUAGAACUGCCACAAGACUGAGUUGUGGUACAGGGCAGUCAAAGUUCGGCACUGAUUAUAGUGGUGAUCUAUGGGGUGGGGAUAGAUUUUGGAAAUACCUUAAAACUUUUGGUCAGAAUUCUGAUCGGCCUAGAUCUACUGAAAGUAGCAUAAAGCAGGCUUCACUUUCUCCAAACUUCUAUCCACAAGGUCUUUAUCAGUCAGCACUUGUUAGUACUGAUAAUCAGCCUGAAUUGACAUAUGCAAUGGAUGUGGAGCCCAAUAGGAACUACUCAAUUUGGUUACACUUUGCAGAAAUUGAUUCUUCAGUGACUGCCAUAGGGCAAAGGGUAUUUGACAUCCUGAUAAAUAGCGAUGUUAGAUUUCAAGAUGUAGACAUUAUCAAAAUGAGCGGGGAUCGUUAUGCAGCUCUUGUUCUUAAUACAACUGUUGCAAUUAGUGGAAGGACCUUGACAAUAACCUUGAAGCCUAAAAAUGGUAGUCAUGCCAUUAUUAAUGCCAUUGAGGUUUUUGAGGUUAUCGUAGCAGAGUCCAAAACCUCACCAGAAGAAGUUAGUGCUCUACAGACUUUGAAGAAUGCAUUGAGCCUUCCUCUUCGGCUUGGAUGGAAUGGUGAUCCAUGUGUUCCCCAAGAACACCCAUGGAGUGGAGCAGAUUGCCAUUUUGACAGUAACAGCAGCAAAUGGUUCAUCGAUGGACUUGGUCUUGACAACCAAGGUCUGAGGGGUUUCUUGCCUGAUGACAUAUCCAAGCUAAGUCAUCUACAGAGCAUAAACUUGAGUGGAAACAUGAUUCAUGGGGCCAUUCCUUCCUCACUAGGAACAAUAGCUAGCUUAGAAAAAUUGGACCUGUCCUACAAUUUCUUUAACGGAUCAAUUCCUGAAAGCCUGGGACAGUUGACAUCAUUACAGAUACUAAAUCUUAAUGGCAACUCAUUGUCUGGAAGAGUCCCUGCUGCACUAGGAGGAAGGCUUUUGCAUAGAGCUAGCUUCAAUUUUACAGAUAAUGCUGGCCUUUGUGGUAUACCUGGACUGCGUACAUGUGGGCCCCACCUUUCUGCUGGUGCAAAGGUUGGCAUUGCUUUAGGUGCAUUGUUGUUAUUACUACUCAUUGGCAUCUGUUCAAUGUGUUGGUGGAAAAGGCGGCAAAAUAUCCUCCGAGCACAGAAGCUUGCUGCACGAGAUGCCCCCUAUGCGAAGGCAAGGACUCAUUUAUCAGAUAUCCAGAUGACAAGGCCUUAUAAUAAUCAUGGUCAUUCUCGGACUGCUGCUGAGAAUGGGCCUAGUUUGCUGUCAUGAUGAGACAACAAUCACUUCGUGAUCUAAUCCAGUCAAGACGUGCUCCAUUUUUGAGCCUUGAUUUUGUUUGAAAACAAAAUCCUAGUGGCCACAUCGUUGAUUCGGCCUUGCAGAGAUUUUUUUUCAGCUCAUUAUACUGCCCAGUGUGCUACUCUGUUCGUUGAAUCCUGAAUAGCAAAUAGACUCACUUCAUUAGAACCAGAUCCCACAUUUGUGCACCAAAUUCCCUGAUAUGAAAAAUCUUGUACAUUGCUCCAAUUCUUUUUUACUCCCCCUCAAUCUGUCGAAGAAAUUAUGUAACAAAUUAGAGAACAGAUGCAUAUAGAAAUUCAAAAUUUUUCCAAAAUUUAGUCUUA